CGAGGCUGUGUGUGCGUGCUCAGAGCUAUUGCCAACCUCGAGGCUAAUUUAUUUGUGCAUAUGUGUGUCUGUGUGUGUGUGUAUGUGAGAAUAUUGAGGAGCUUCAGAGUGAAUCUGCGGCUGUACAUACACAAACUGCAGCCUCCUAGUCAGCUUCCCCCCUCCUCUCUUUGGUUGCUGCUGCCUGCACUCUACCUCUCGCCCUGUCUCUGUUCCGCUCUCUCCCUCUUACUGUGAGCUGCUGAUUAUUGUUAUUAUUCACUCUCGCUCUCUCUCUCUUUUGCACUGCUACUGACAAGCAUUUGCCUGCGGGGGUGGUUUUCAUCAACUCUUGUCUAUUGUCAGCAAAGGAAAUUGCAAUAGAACGACAGCAGCAGUGGCAGCAGCAGCAGCAGCAACCGAUCUCUUCUUCUUCAGCAGCAGCAACAGCAGCAGCAGCAACAUCUUGGAAUUGCCUUGCUUGGUUCUACUGGAAACGGAGACCUAUUGGUUCUAUUCUUUUUCUUUUUUCUUUUCAAAUAUUUCAUUAAAUAUUGAACUGGGGAGUAAAUAAGGCUGCUUUCCCAGGGAUUUAUUUCAUGGGGAUGUGUUCAAGGCAAGAGAGGAUUCAGAAAGAUAUUGACAUUGUAAUCCAAAAGUGCAAGGCGGAGAAGGACUGCCUGUUUUCAGAUUUCAGAUACUCGGACUCCACAUUCACCUUUACUUUCCUAGGCGGCUCCAAAAGCGUUGCUUAUUCAGUUCAUGUCUCUGAGGACUAUCCAGAUAACACUUACGUAUCAAGCUCCGAAAAUGAUGAAGAUGUGUUAGUUACAACAGAACCCAUUCCAAUCAUUUUUCACAGAAUUACAGAGUUGAGGAGAUCCAAUGACAUCACUAACUGCUUAUCAAUAAAAUCGAAGCUACAGAAAGAGAAUGGAGAGGAAUCCAGGCACAGCAGUGCAGUGGAGGAAGAUUCAGAAGGAGACAAUGAUUCGGAGGAGUUUUAUUACGGAGGGCAGGUGAGCUAUGAUGGAGAACUGCACAAGCACCCUCAGUUGGAAGCUGACCUGGCAGCGGUGAGAGAGAUCUAUGGGUUCAGUGCUGUUUCUCUCAGGGAAUAUGGAGCCAUCGAUGAUGUAGAUAUCGAUCUACAUAUUGAUGCUAGCUUCCUUGAUGAAGAAAUUGCUGUUGCUUGGGAUGUCAUCCGGACAGAGCCUAUAGUGGUGCGUCUGCAUUGUUCCCUGACACAGUAUUUAAAUGGCCCAGUUCCUACAGUGGAUGUUUUUCAAAUUUCCACAAAGGAAAAAUUUGGUUUGGGGCAUCAGCUAAAAAAAAUCAUGCAGACAUUUGUAACUCAGCAGUGGAAACAGAGUAAAGAAAAAUCCAACUGUUCGCACAAGAAAGUGUCUGAUAAGAAGGUGAAGUCCCCUCUGCACAUUUUUUCUACAUUGCGCAGGUCGCCUAGUUAUCCUCCUCCUGGAUGUGGGAAAAGUAAAGUAAAACUAAAGUCUGAACAAGAUGGGAUCUCAAAGACUCACAAGCUUCUGCGAAGGACUUGUUCUAGCACAGUGAAAGCUGAUGAUGUGUGUAACACAAAAUCCCACAGAAGCUUUGGCCGUUCUUUGUCAAGUGAUCCUAGAGCUGAACAGACAAUAAGUGUAAAAUCACACAAACUUUUGAACCGCCCCUGUUCGACAGCCAUUAAGCAAGAGGAAUGCAUCUCAGUAAAGCAACAUAAACUGCUAAGUCGUUCUUGUUCUGGAGAUCCCAGAUGUGAGCACAACAGCACCUUGAAGCCCCAUAAACUGUUAAGCAGGUCUUACUCUAGUAAUCUUCGCAUGGAAGAAUUAGAUGGACUUAAGAACCACAAAUUACUCAGCAAAUCAUAUUCCAAUGCCCCUAAAUCAUCCAAAAUGGACCUCUUGAAAGAACCUAUAGCAGAGGGCAGGAGGCUCUCUCUUACCUCAGGGCUGAUCGGUAUCUUAACGCCAGCUUCAUCGUCACAAGCUGCUGUGCGUAUAUCGCCAAACAAUGGUGCAAAAAAUGCUCCGGUGCGAGGUCAUGGCUUUCUAGUUCAGACAAUAGAAUUUGCUGAACAGAGAAUACCUGUCUUAAAUGAAUAUUGUGUGGUUUGUGAUGAACCUCAUGUCUUUCAAAAUGGACCAAUGCUGAGGCCCACUGUGUGUGAAAGAGAACUGUGUGUAUUCGCUUUCCAGACACUCGGAGUAAUGAAUGAAGCUGCAGAUGAAAUUGCAACUGGCGCUCAGGUGGUAGACCUUUUAGUAUCUAUGUGUCGAUCUGCUUUGGAAUCUCCAAGGAAAGUCGUCAUUUUUGAGCCAUAUCCUUCGGUAGUAGAUCCUAAUGACCCUCAGGCACUGGCCUUUAAUCCAAGAAAGAAAAAUUAUGACAGAGUUAUGAAAGCACUGGAUAGCAUUGCUUCAAUCAGAGAAAUGACACAAGCACCUUAUUUGGAAAUUAAGAAGCAGAUGGAUAAGCAAGACCCUUUAGCCCAUCCGUUGUUGCAAUGGGUUAUUUCCAGUAACAGAUCGCAUAUAGUGAAACUGACAGUUAACAGGCAACUAAAAUUUAUGCACACCCCUCACCAGUUCCUCCUUCUCAGCAGUCCACCAGCCAAAGAAUCAAAUUUUAGAGCUGCUAAAAAACUCUUCGGGAGCACAUUUGCAUUUCACGGCUCACACAUUGAAAACUGGCACUCAAUACUGAGGAAUGGUUUAGUUGUUGCUUCCAAUACAAGACUGCAGCUGCAUGGUGCCAUGUAUGGAAAUGGAAUAUAUCUUAGUCCUUUAUCAAGCAUAUCAUUUGGUUACUCAGGGAUGAAUAAGAAGCAACAGAAAGUGUCAGCUAAGGAUGAUCCCCCAUCCAGCAGCAAAAGCAGUAGUACAAUACAGUCACAGAAAAAAGGACAACAUUCUCAAUUUUUACAAAGCCGUAACUUGAAAUGUAUCGCCUUAUGUGAAGUCAUCACUUCACAAGAACUGCACAAACAUGGUGAAAUCUGGGUUGUACCCAGCACCGAUCAUGUGUGUACAAGAUUCUUUUUUGUGUAUGAAGAUGGACAAGUUGGGGAUACAAGUAUUAACACACAAGAACCAAGCAUUCACAAAGAAAUCCUUCGAGUUAUUGGCAACCAAACUGCUACUGGCUAAAGGAAGCAGUGGCAGAAUUUGCAGUCUCAAAGCUGGACUUUGUGCUGGAAAAAAAAUGAAUUCUAUUUAUAUAUAUCAAAAGUAUGAAAACAUGAACACAAUUACAUAAUCUCAUGUUUUCAUAAUGGACCAUAAAAAAGACUAGUUUUGGUACAACAGAAUUACUCUAAACUGUUCUAAUGUGUUUGGGUGAAUACAACCAAGGCAAGAAAGCUUAAAGAUAGUAAGAGGAACUUUGUGAAAUCAAACUACAUACUACUAGUCAUAUUUGAAUUAUAACUGUGGUUUACCUUGCAAUAAGUACAAUAAUAUCACAUCUUAUGGAACUUACGGUAAGGUUGAACAAUGGAAAUUUAAUUGUAUUCUGUGCUGUGCUUAUCUGGAAGUUCAAUCCAAACAUACAUCAUUGAUCUUACGUAUAGAUUUAUUUUUUGGUUUUGGCUCAUUUUGCUACAAAGGGGUGUUUUAAAAAGGAUUAGCAUGCCUCCAGAGCUUCAUGUGCAGGAUAUUAUGCUAUAGCGAUGAGCGACAUUUUUGCCAAAUUGUGCCACAAAAAAUGACACCCAUAGACUCUAAUGGGUGAAAAAAAAUUGUUGAAGGUCAAAAAUUUGACACACAAUUUGUUGCAAAUCAAAAAAAAAUUGUCACACAUAGACUUCAAUGCAUUUCGGCAAAUUUUUGCUGUUUUGUGAAAUUUGUGGCGAAGUGAAACAGGUCACCCAUCACUAAACCCAAGGGUCUGAUGUCACAUUUGUGGGAUUUGGCAUAUAGUUUUUUUGGUCUUCUAUUCUACUGUUUUUAAUCUCAUGUGCUGCAGUAUCAGUGAUCUGUUACUAUUUAAUUCAUUAUCAAUUUCGAAAAGAUAUUUCCUAUAUCUAUAUCACUUUAUUUACUAUGGAAGGGUGAUUUUUUCCAAAUUUUUUGCCCUUUGCUAUAGUUCGUGAACAGCAAUUUCCUUAGCAAUGCUAUAGUUUUUUUAUACAAUUUUUUGCUUAAUUCCAAUUUAUUUGCAAAAUCACACACUGUACACAUUUUAUAUCACCAUUUUCUCUUUACUACUGAAAUUAGCUUAAUUUAUAAAAAAAUUAAGAAAAUAAAAUGAAUGGGGCCAAUGAAUUGCUUUUAUAGUAGGUCUUAUAUGUAUUUUUUCAAGCUUAUAUGUAAUGAAGAGAUAUUCCUACUUCUUGAUAAAAAUGAUUGAAUAGGAAGACAUGUACCAGUACUAAAGCUAAACCAGUUUAAAGGAAAAAAAAAUUGUACUAUUUACUGGCCGAUAAAACAAAUGCCAUCACCAGCAACAUCUAUUGCCUAUAUUCCUAUCGGCAUAAAGGCUAAGUAAAUAUGUAUUCAUAUCCUACUUAUAUUUAAAUAUGUAUGUGACACGCAUUAAACUCCACUAAUUGUUGAAAAACAAUAAAAGCGACUAAUACUGUAGGUAUAAGAGAAGUUCCCUGACACGACAAACAUAUCAGUUUCAAGAUGUUUCUAGAAGUUGAUCCUAAUUUUAACAAAUAAACUUUGUUCAGUUGAAAACCCAA